AUGGAAUCGUUUAGUCUUCCAGUAACGCAUAUCGGUAGUGUAACAACACUAGAUCCAAGCCGACUUCAUAAAACCCAGAGGGAACUUGAAGAAGUGAUAGAAAUUGUUCGAGGUGAUAUUGAUCGUAUUAUUGAGCGUGAAGGUCGACUGCAAAAUCUAACCGCACGCGCCGACGAAAUGGAAGCUCGCGCAGAACAAUUUUCACGUAAGGCAAUUCAAGUUAGACGUAACAUAUGGUGGCGCAGUGUACGUUUAACUAUGGCUAUCGUCGGUGCUUGUAUGCUGUUCGUUGUCAGUGUCGUUGGUUAG